AUGCCAUCGACGAUAGACUACCACCGCCGGCCAAGGAGCAGGGCCGCGUCGUCGAAGCACGGGCCCGGGGGUUACUACGACGGGCCAUCAGCCGCGCGGCUGCCGUCGGUGACGCGCAAGAGGAGCACGAGCAACCCAGAGGACCUGCACGCAAAGCAGCCCAUGUCGUCGACGGCCGCCCUGCCGCGCGUGUCGACGAUGCAGCAGCCGCCGAUGCCGCAGCAGCAGCAGCAGCAGCAACCGUCGCCGAUGUUCUCAAGGAGCACAUUCGAGGGCGCGCGCACCUAUCCUGCCCCCUCGUCCUCGCGCUACUUUCUCACCGUCAUUCCCCCGCUAGAGCUGCCCCUCGAUCCACCGCAUCCGCGCAGCACGGCGGCCUCGGCGGGGAGCAGCAGCCACGUCCGGCGCGGCACCCUCGUGCCCCUGUACCCGACGCUGGGUGGGCAGCUGUAUGCGAUUGCGCGCGAGUACGGCCUGCCGUCGAUUGGCGGCCUCGCCAUCUACCUCUGCGACGACGGCGAGGGCAACCUGGGCCCGCGCAUCGGCGACUCGGCCUGGUCGGCGCUCUGGGCGCGCCACUUUGACGACGAGUGGGCGGCCUCGCCGGACCUGGCGAUGAUGACGCACGAGCGCGAGGCCAGCUCGGCCUCGUCCAGCGGCGACUGGCGCCCUGCCACGACGACGACGACAAAUACGAGGGCCAGCCAGGCAGCGACGGCGACGACGAGCAACCGGGCCUCACCCAUGCCCUAUGCCAAUGGCGGCGGUGUCACGCCCUCGCCGCGCUACUCACGCGCCCACCAGUCGCAUUCACACUCGCAGGCGCAUCCAUACUCAAACUCGCAGCCACAGUCAAGAAUGGGCGCAGCCACGGCAACGCCCUCGUCGUCGCUCCUCUUUGGCUCACGGCUGCCCAUCGUCGGCCGCGUCGAGUGGACCGUGGACCGGAACCGUGCACCCUGGUGGAAUGCCUGGGUCGCCGAGGCAGAGGCCAGCGGCACCACCUCGACGCCCUCCUCGGCUGCUGCGCACACGCCCAGUGCCGCCGCUGCUGCCGCUGCUAUGGCCGAUCGAAGCGGCACGUCGAUGGCGAGCGGCUUUGGCGGCGCAUACAUGCCGGCCUCUGGCUUCUCCUCGGCAGGCGGCCUGGCCAAGCGCAGUAGGUCGCACCGGAGAAGGAGCCUGCACCUGCGUGGGGGCAGCGCCAUGUCCAGGCACACGCGCAGCCGCUCCGAUGAUGAUGGCGACGAUGAUGAGGAUGAUGAGGAGGAAGGGGAAGAGGACGGUGGCGACGAGAUGACAUCGGGGUCUCCUCUGGCCAGACGGGCUGAGCCGAGCGACGCGUAUUCGCGCAGCGAGAGCCACCCGUCGCCGGUGCAGACGAUGACGAGGUCCUCGUACGGCACUGGCUCGCCCUUGGAGCCUGUGCGUGCCCUCGAUCGCGGCUUUGUGGCUGCGCCGGCGCCGGUGGCCCAUGCCGGGCCUGCUGAGCCAGAGCGUGGCGAUCAAAUCGGGGACGAGGACGAGGGCGAGGGCGAGGGCGAGAAUGUAGACGACGACGAGGGCGAGAUUGGAGACGACUCCAACGAGCAGAUCGGGGCAUCGAGCAGCGUCGACGAGGAUGCCGACGAGGAACAGAAGGACGGGGCAGCAGCAGCCGCCGCCGGCUACAUGGCCCUCGACGACGAGGCGACUGCCGACACGCAGCUGACGAGCCUCGACGGCGGCCUGCUGCCAUCCUCGCACCAGCAGCAGCAGCAGCAGCAGCAGCACGGCCUGCUCGACGUCUCGCGCCCCACCACGAUGGCCCACAGCGCCGACGCCGACGGCGGCAGCACCGCCGGCUUUGGCAGCUACAACGGCUACUCGGCCCUGCUCGACGUCGACGACGAAAAGGAGACGACGAGCCGGGGCGGCGCUGCCUCGCACCGCUCCCUCGUGGCAGACGGCGACGCUGGCCACCUGCCCUCGUUUGAGAUGAUGCCCGAGAGCGACGAGGGCAUGUGGAUGGACCUGCAGCGCCACAGCGGCAGCGGCGGCCAACAUCAGCUGCGCCUCUCGGCCCAGAGUCUGAGUGACCACGCGCGCACGCCGAGGGGACGCGAGGCUGGGCCACACUCACACCCACACCAGCCGUUGUCUGUCGCUGCUGCCCUGCCCCGCUCAUCGUCCGUCGAGGAGUGGAUCACCAAGACGGGCCGCCACUCUGGCCUGCAAGGUGGUGAUGCAGUCGACGGCAACGACGAGGAUGACGACGACGAAGACGGGCUCCUGCCUCCCCAAGACGACGUCGGCGAGGUCAUGGGGCUGUGGGCCCAGUCCGACGCCGUCUUUCCCCCGCAGCACCGUCUCAGCCGCGACAUGCUCAGGGACACGCAGGCGUCAGCGAGGAACAGCGGCGAGAAGCAGCUCGGCGCCGCCAGUGGCAGCCGACCACACUCGACAUCGCGGUCGCCCUCGCCCAAUGCGCCGCUGGUGCCGCCGCCCAACGAGGCGCUCCCUGCGCUGCCGCAGCCGCGAUCCCAUGCGGCACUCGCUGCUGGAGCCACUACCGCGGCCUCUGCGUCGCUGCUGAGCCCCAUUGCGCUCGACUCGUCGCCGAGCGCAUUUAGUGGCCCCUCGGCCAAUCUGGUCGGCCUGACGAUGGCAACGAUGGCCAGCAAGCGGCGCCAUCUCGUCGGUGAAGAAGACGACCAAGAAGAAGAAGAAGAGCAGCAAGAAGAGGAGGAGGAGGAGGGAGGCCUAGACGAGCGAGACAUGAGCAGCAGCAGCGUCGACAGCAACGCCAUCAUUGGCCUCGGCACGACGCUGCCGCCUUCGUCGCACACCCACUCCCACCCGCAGUCGUCGCCACGGCUCGAGCUGCCGAGUGCGUCGGGCGACGAGCAGAGCAGGAGGAGCUCCAUGACGGAGCAGAGCGACACACUCCUCGACAUGGAGCGCGCCGUCGCCCUCCUUUCGCCUGGCCAAUCGCCUGCGCUGCUCCAGCACGACGUGGCGACGACGCCGACGCCGUCGACGGUGGCGGCGCCUGCUGCUGCUGCUGCUGCGACGAGCUUCUCCUCGUCGCGGGACAGCUUUGCAAAGGCCAAGUCGCUCUCGACGUCGGUCACGCCCUCGCCCCGCUGGCUCAAGGCUAGCUCGGCCUCGGCGCUGAGCGUGAUGCCGCGCAGUGCAUCGGCCCUCGUCGCUGCAUCUGCGUCGGCCGCUGCUGUCCCGCGGCCUCCGCUCCAUCGUGGGGGCUCACAGACACCCCCGGCCAGGCUGACUGAGGAGGGAGCACAGGGCGAGCCGCCGUCGCUGGGCAAGUCGUCUUCGUCGCCCCGACCGGCCUCGAGCCCAGCAGCGACGAGCGGUGGCGGUCUGCAGACGAAGAAGCGCAUCGUCAGCCAGGAGUCGCGUGACGGUGCGAGAGACGAGCAGGAGCAGGAGCAGGUGCCGGAGCAGGGCGAGGCCUAUCCCGUGCUCAACCGACAGUCGCCCUCGGCUGCCUCGGACGGAUCGCGCUACGACGAGGACGACGAGAGACGCGAUGUCGCCUCGGAGGGACAGCCCUCUCGAGCAGCUGAGAGUGAAGAUGAAGACGAGGAGGGAGGCGAGAAGAUGUGGAGGAACAACAGCCACCUGCAGCUCCUCGGCACCCAGGGGUGGAGCGAGACGACGGGCGACCAGAGCCGGAGCCUCAACACGCCCAUGGAUGAGGCAGGCGAGAUGCCGCCGUGGCGCCAGCCGACGCCGGUCACGACGGCGGAGCCGGUGGCGGCAGACCACGAGAGCACGCCGACGCAGGUGCAGGGCGCCUUUGAGAACUACAGGAAUGAGGACGCAGCUACUGCCUUGCCUUCGACGCCGCUCUACCACGAGGCGAGCGUGGGGCCAGAGUAUGUCACCGUAGGCGUGCAGGCGGACCAGUCGCCCUUGGGAGACGACGAGGGAGACUACGACGACGACGACGAUGACGACGAUGGCGAUGGCGAUGGUGGCAGAGAAAGAGGCAAUGGGAGCGACGAUGGCCAUGCGUACCAGCACGGCCGCGACGACUCGCUCUUCUCGCUCGUGUCCAUGGGUGCCGCUUCCGAGACGAUGGACCACUCCGAGUCGGCGCCGGACAUUGACGGUGCCAAGCCUCUCCAGACGCCGGUUCGAGCACUGGUACCAGCACAAGCGCAGGCGCAGGCAGAGGUAGAUUCACAAACAGAGGCAGAGGCAGAGGCAGAAGCAGAGGCAGAAAUCAAGGCAGAGGCACAGUCAAAAGCACAGUCAAAAGCACAGGCAGAGGCAGAGGCACCGGGCUUGCAGGAGUAUCAUCGAAGGGUCAUGCCGCACGAGGAGGACCACCUGGAGCAGAGGCCCUCGAUUGAGCGCCUCAUCCGCGGCAACUCGUUUGCCGAAUCGUGCGAGUCGUCAGCCUCCUCGUCCAAGGGGCCCAGCCCCGCCAUGGCCCACUUUGAGUUUCCCAAGAGAACAAAGGUCGGCUCGCCCCAGCAGCUGCAGCAGCAACUGCAGCUCACGCCCGCCGCGAUCAUGCAUACCACCCCAAGGGGAGACAGAAGAGAUGACGACGACGACUCUGACGAUGACGACGUGUGGAGCCAGGAGGGCAGCCACGAUGAUGGCGCCCCGCGGGCCUUCUCCGAGGUCGAGGGCGCACGCACUCCGACGUUCCUUUAUGACCAGCACCUGGGAGAAGCUGGCAGGGCCGCCGCCCACGACGGCCACUCGUCGUAUAUCUCGUCUUCAUCGACCAUCGGCAGAAAUGCUACGGGCGGCAUGGACGACUUGGACCGGAGGGUGGACCAGAUGCUCAGCAGUGUCGGUUCCCGUUACCCCGAUGAUGUCCCGCUGCCUUCCUCUUCGUUGCCCAUGUCGCUGGCGGCCGCGACCUCGGCUUCGGCACCUGCAACGACGGCCUACGCACCCUUUCUGGAGCAGAUGAACCUCCAACGGCAGCAGCAGCAGCAGCAGCGGUAUGACGACGUUCCUCCGCUCGCUGCUGCGCUCGUCAGUCCACCGUUUGCGGCAUCAGCCAACGGCAAAAUGGCCAGCAAUGGCAGGCGGCCGUCAUCGCUGUCGUCCUCGGCAGCAGCCGAAGCGGGCGCGGCACGGCGAGCCUCUGCCUCAUCGCUUGCAUCGGGUGUCCCGCUCCGCACCAAGGCCUCGUCACCUUCCCGGCCGAUCCACUUUGACCCUCCACCGGCCGUCCUUGCUCGCAGCGGCGGCGGCGGCGGUCCUGCCAGUCCUGCCAAGACGAAGCCGGUGGUCUCACCACUCGUGCUGGCCAACCAGUCGCCCCGGCAGCGCUUCGGCGCCCUGCCGCCGAGCCCCAGGCAGUUCCCGCCCCACAUUUUCAGCCAGCACUCGCCCACCUUCCCGCCCCCUCCGCCACUGGCUGCGUCGACAAACGGCUUUGGCGCCGGGUCUCCGUACCAGUCGCCGACGCUCAGCCCAUCGAUGGGGCCCUACCUGCCAGCGCAGAGAACCCAGACCACCCAGCCACAGCACACACCGUGA